ACUUCGCAUCUGCUCUUGGUGGGGCUCUUGACCGAGUCUCCGUCGCUCCAGCCAUCGUCUCUGCUGCACACAGCAGCAGCACCACCACCACCACCACCACCGUCGCCUGCCCGCCAUGUCGUCGACAACAUCCGCAACGCCCACCCCGUCCCCCACUCCCACCGGCAACAGCAACAAUGGUGGUAACAACGGCCCCACAAGCUCGCCGCUGCUGUUCUUCGUCGCCCUAGGAUUCGGUGUGGUAUUCACUAACCUAUGGAUCAUUGUCGGCGUAAAAUAUUGCUUCAGAUAUAACCAGCGCAAUCGCGCCGCACGUACCCUGGGCGAAAAUGGCGAACCUAUCGACUUGGGACAAAUGCCGAACCCACGGCGGAGACGACGAGAGAAGAAGUUGAUGUCCAUGGAAGAGGUCAAUGAGAGAUUCCCAUUGACCAAGUACAAAGUAUGGCGAUCGUCGCGGGAAGCGCAAGGCUUGCCGACAGAAGGAGGUGUUACUGCGCCACCGAGUCGCGCUGCUAGUAUCACACAAGAGCAUGUCAUAAUCGAGACAUUUGGAAAGCAGUCAACGGAUACUGCACGGCCGCAGACCGCGCUCAGCAUAGCGCGGCAGGAUCACGCGAACGCCGCCACAUCGCCUCCAGCUGCAGCUGCAGCGAAUGUUGACAAGACACCCGAAAAGGUCACCAUUGAACCGAUAGAAAAUGCUCUCACAGCGCCCCAUCGAACCAACUCCAUGGCUACUGAUAUGGACGAGGAUGAUGAUGAUCCGAUCAGAGAGGCAGCCCCCGCAGAAAUGCUGGCUGCACCUGGCGAUACCUGCGCCAUCUGUUUGGACACGCUGGAUGAUGACGACGAUGUACGAGGUUUGGCAUGUGGCCAUGCCUUCCACGGCUCGUGCGUGGAUCCAUGGCUUACCAGCAGAAGAGCCUGUUGUCCCCUUUGCAAAGCAGACUAUUACGUGCCGAAGCCGCGGCCCAGUGGCGAAGAUCUCAACGCUGCAAACGGACGUAGAGGAAGGCAUGCAAUGCCACAGCAGCCGCAAUCCGUAUGGAUCGGAGGCCGAGCGGGCGCCUUCCGACCACGAUUCACAUUCACGGGACCACGCCUCUUCGUCAGCGAUUCAAAUCGUGGGCAGCGACAUCCUACGCCUGCACAAAUGGAACGUGCACGGCGAGAACAGGAGAUCUACCAGAAUCCUGCCGCCGCGCAGCCGUCGAGUAAUCAACGCACCUGGCGAUCGCGCAUACCGAAUAUCCCUCGCUUCGGAAGACGAAAUCAGCAAAUUGGAGAGCAUGGCGCUGCCGAGCAGACUGGCAUCACGGCUGGUCAGCUUGAGGCAGGCAAUCGCUGAGCAUGCGCCACCAACCUUACUUUUCCAUCUUCACCUGUACAUUUACCCACCAAAACCCGGCGGACAUGUCGACCUUCUCGAAGAGGGGCAACCAACUUUUUUGAUCUGAGCGAGCGAACGACCGCCACGAAUAAUGUGAAUGACGACUGUUUUUUGAUUUUGGAAGCGAUAUAUGCACGACAGCAUCACCACUCGAAUUCACUGAUCGCGACUUGAACAUUUCUUGGUAUCAGGUUGCGUACGAGAUCUCUCACGCGCGUGAAUGACCUUGAAAAGUCGAGGACGGCGCCAGGCGAGAAAAGAGUUAACAGCUUCUAUUAGGCAUUUGGGCCAUUUUUUCGCAGGCUCAUUUUGAGAUGGGCGUAAGAGAGGCAGUUUUAUCUCUCUCAGCUAGGUACCAUUGCAUCAUCAUCAUCACCAGCAUUGGCGCGAAAGGGAGAAGGAGUGAUUGAUUCCGUUUUUUUGGGGGGGAGCUAUGUGUAUAUAAUUUGGAGGUAUAUCUUUCAUCUUGGUUACCUACCAGGCUCACUGGAAUGAAUGCCUUCCUUCUUG